GCUACGCCCCGAAACACCGUAUGCGCAUGUCACAUCCGAUCACGGUCUCUUUCUGUCGUGGCACCUGGAGGUGAGUGGUUGUUCUUAGUUCGCGCACCGGUUGACUAUCCGACGAAUCUCAUCUGAGGAUAUAGCAUCGGACGACAGAGUACCAAAAGAACUCACCUAAAACUACAAAAUGGGAAAGGAGAAGAUUCAUAUUAACAUCGUCGUCAUCGGACACGUCGAUUCUGGCAAGUCGACCACCACUGGUCAUUUGAUCUACAAAUGUGGUGGUAUUGACAAGCGUACCAUUGAGAAAUUCGAGAAAGAAGCCCAGGAGAUGGGCAAAGGUUCCUUCAAAUAUGCCUGGGUACUCGACAAGCUCAAGGCUGAACGUGAGCGUGGUAUCACUAUUGAUAUCGCUCUGUGGAAGUUUGAAACCUCUAAAUACUAUGUGACGAUUAUCGAUGCUCCUGGACAUAGAGAUUUUAUCAAGAACAUGAUUACUGGAACCUCGCAGGCUGACUGUGCAGUGUUGAUCGUCGCCGCUGGUACCGGUGAAUUCGAGGCUGGUAUUUCAAAGAACGGACAAACCCGCGAGCACGCUCUUCUCGCCUUCACCCUCGGCGUCAAACAGCUGAUUGUUGGAGUUAACAAAAUGGAUUCCACUGAGCCCCCGUAUUCCGAGACCCGAUUUGAGGAAAUUAAGAAGGAAGUCUCGUCUUACAUCAAGAAGAUCGGUUAUAACCCAGCUGCUGUUGCAUUCGUGCCAAUCUCUGGCUGGCACGGAGACAAUAUGCUGGAGGUUUCCUCCAAAAUGCCCUGGUUCAAGGGAUGGACUGUGGAGCGUAAGGAGGGCAAGGCUGAAGGCAAAUGUCUUAUUGAAGCUCUUGAUGCCAUCCUGCCACCCACCAGGCCGACCGACAAGGCUCUCCGUCUUCCCCUUCAGGAUGUGUACAAGAUUGGUGGUAUCGGAACAGUACCCGUCGGUCGUGUCGAGACUGGUGUACUGAAACCUGGUAUGGUUGUUACCUUCGCACCCGCUGGAUUGACUACUGAAGUUAAGUCCGUCGAAAUGCACCACGAAGCCCUUCAGGAGGCCGUGCCCGGCGACAACGUUGGUUUCAACGUCAAGAACGUAUCUGUUAAGGAAUUGCGCCGUGGAUAUGUCGCAGGAGACUCCAAGAACAACCCGCCUAAGGGUGCCGCUGACUUUACUGCACAGGUCAUCGUGCUCAAUCAUCCUGGUCAAAUCAGCAACGGAUACACGCCCGUAUUGGAUUGCCAUACUGCCCAUAUCGCCUGCAAAUUCGCCGAAAUCAAGGAGAAAUGCGACCGCCGUACUGGCAAGACCACCGAAGAGAACCCGAAAGCCAUUAAGUCUGGUGACGCCGCCAUUGUUGUCUUGGUACCUAGCAAACCUAUGUGCGUUGAGGCUUUCCAGGAGUUCCCGCCUCUGGGACGUUUCGCUGUUCGUGACAUGCGUCAGACGGUAGCCGUCGGCGUCAUCAAGGCCGUCACCUUUAAAGAUCAAACUGGCAAAGUCACCAAGGCCGCUGAGAAAGCCCAGAAGAAGAAAUAACUAUUGUAAUAGUUUCCGUGCAUACACCGAUAGUUUCCGUGCGAAUAUGGCGCCGGGCGGGCAAUGGCGUACACCAGCCGAUGUAGCUCACCCUCCUUUGCACGACUCACGGGAGACGAAUUUGACAGCAUCGUCUAUAGCGGAGUUCCCUGGAUCGAGGACUUUAUCGCAAACUACAAUUGGAAAUGAGAAAACGACGAUCCAAUCGCGAAGAUUGGUAUCUCGUGCAUGUGAGAUCGCGCGAUUACCACGCCUUCUCAGCGUACGGACAUUUCGCUUGUCGAAAUGGCUCCGCCAUUUUUUUCACCGUAAGGAGUUUCGCAGGAAAGAAAUGUUGAAGACACUCAAUACCGUUGGCCCAUGUGUAUUUUCGUCUCGCGGGAGUCGCAAGGGAGAAGAGCGAACUUCGUGCGAGCUAUCGUAUAAACAACGUACACCUACCAACUUACAUCAUAACGAACAUCAACAUAAUUUAGCGCGGCUUAAUUAUAUUUUCUAAUUACUUAUACGGAAAUAAAAUUCUGUAUAUAUCAGAGAUACUCUAGAAAAAACAUGUCAUUAUUACUCUUCGUCAACAUCGUUACUCUGUUUGAUAACUUGUCAAGUUUAUCAUCCCUUUUUUUUACAAAACAAACUCAUCGCUCUCACAUCUACGGUAGCUAUACGAUCUGACCACGAAAAAAAUAAUAUAUAUCGCGGCGAUAUCCGUAUUAUUUUGUCUUCUUGGUAGCUUUUUUAUAUUGAUCGUUUAAGACUAUUAAUUCAGAAAGCUUAGUAUAGAGAGGACGGUAGUAGACCUUGACAAAGAUAGAUUUCGUUGGGAUAUGGGACCUGUUGUUUCCUCUAAUUAUCUUUCCAUUCAAUUAUAGAUAAGAGUAAAGGUAAUUCAAGUAUCCUAAAAAGGAAAAAAGAAAUUUUUUCUACGAAAUAUUCUUAUCCAACUAACGUCAAGCAGGAAGUUGCAUGCGCAAGAAAACGACUUUUGCAGUGACUUUGUAUCUUUCACCUUCUCGUAAUUUUUCUACAAACAUUGGUUAACGGUUUUCUGUACAUACAUAUAAAUACCAGCGAUGACGAGUAAGAGCGAAAAAUAAAGAAGCUGCGGAAACGAGAUGCCGGUGAUUCACUAUCACCAAUCCGACUCCUUGUCUUCCCCGCAACCUGCCCGGAUGCUACAUCGGCAUUUCCAUGAAGACUUAAAAAGCACUGAAUUUGAUAAGCUUUAUAUGAAGUUUCUGCUUGAUGAUAUUAAAUUGCAUAAAAAAAUUAAACUUUGCGCGUUUUAUAUGAUAAACAAUUUAAAUUUCAAUGUAAUAAAUGUACAUAAUUUACGAAGCAUUUUAUGCAUUUGUGUGAUCGACAGACGCCACGGUAUGAAAUUUUGAAAUGGUUCUUAAACUGACAAUAUUUUGAACACUUAUUUGAACGCAUAAAACAUACGUAAGCACAAUUUAUUUAUUGGUACGUAUGAGAUUUGAGGUAAUGCUAAUACAAAAUUAAAUAAAUUGUGAUUUAUGACUAAAUGAAAAUUAAUAGUGUAAUUGUGGUAUACAAUUAAUCAAUUAUCCCAUAGAAGACGCCGAGUAUUCUAUAUAAAAAACGUGUGAAGUUUAAUAUUGUCAUAAAUAAUAUUUAAAACUGUUAAUUGAAAUAAUUAGAAAUAUGUUUAGUAAUUUUUACUUUUGUUUGCUUGUGUAUGCGCGCGAAUUAUUACAAUAUAUUAAUUUUCAUUUUAUCUAUCACGUAUCGCGAUUCAGAAAUAUUUUGCACUAUGUUUCAUUGCCUCAAUUCUUAUAUAUAAAAAAAUUGCGAUUAUACGUAUUUGAUAUGUGCAUUAAGUGAUAGAGCAUUUCGUUAAAUGUAUUUUGUUCAAUGUAAAUCUAUUUUACGAAAAGUACGUUGUCAAUCAAUUUUGUUUUUUCAUUUGAUUAAAGUAUGUGUAUGCUCGAUGUAUAAAUACUAAAAUAUAUAAAAUUUAAUUA